AUGGUCUCGGAGUACAAUGCGACCAUGGCUGCCAAGAUGGGCUGGUCCAGCACGCGCUCGGGCCUCAAUCCCUUCGAGUAUCAUCCUGAACGAGGCAUAUACUACCACUACCUGACGUCAGACCUGCUCCUGGGCAGCCAACCGCGGUCGCCAGGGGAUGUGGCCCACCUUGCAAAGGACGAGGGCGUGGAUGCCAUCCUCAACCUGCAGCAGGACCGUGACCUGAGGCACUGGGGCGUGGACCUGGCCUCGCUCAGGCACGCCGCCUCGGAGCAUGGCGUGCAGUACAUGCGGGCUCCUGCAGUCGACUUUGACCCAGGGAGCCUGCGUCACGCCCUGCCCACCGCGGUCGGCAUGCUCCUGGAGGCCCUGAGCCAGGGUCGGCGGGUGUUCGUGCACUGCACCGCAGGCCUGGGUCGGGCUCCCGCUGCCUGCAUCGCCGCCAUCUACUGGGCGGGUCUGGGGGUCCUGCCGGCCCGAGACGGCCUUGUCCGUCUGGAGGAUGCAUACAAGUACGUCACAGACAUUCGGCCUUGUGGUCCCAACCAAGACGCCAUUCGAGGGGCGACCGGGGACCUGCUGCUGGGCCACUCGGCAGGAGACCUCCAGCCCCGAGGUGCACAGGCUUUUGCCACUUUGAGCGUAGGAGAUAGAGAAAUAAUCGUGGACAGGCUGCAGAUGUAG